GCGUCCCUCUCUACGACGGCACAAAAUUCGCUGUUCUACUAGAUGCGACCUGAUGUUAGUCGGACGUGGUUAGGAGACUCCCAGAGACCACGAGACUGGCUACGCUUUGCUGCAGUACAACAUCUUGGCAUGGAGACAAGCUCCUUGCCCAAACAGUCCAUGUCGACGACCGUCCGAAGUGACACCGACCCCGCAGUUUUGUCGAAACUACCGGAGCCGGUUCGACUCCAAAUGCAACAUCGAUGCCAUUUGCCGCCUCAGUCCGACAUACCGCGAGUUCUGGCCAGCAAAAAGCACGAUCGAGGUGUAUGGGAGUGGUUUCCAUCCAGGCCGCAAUGUGUUCGUGCCAGUCUUUGCUUCUGUGCGAUUGCGAUUGCCAUCUCUGGUUCCGGGUCCGACAUGCCUCAUUGGGGGAAAUCGAGAUCGGGAUGCAAAGAGCAAGAGAAGAGAUGGCCGGCUAAACCAAUAAGUGCUACCAUUAAGUGCGGAGGCGAAGACACCCGAGAACGAUAGACCUGAAUGUAGAUAUCAGAGACGCUCUCUUACCGGUCCAAGUCGUGCAAGCGGCUUCACUGCCCGACAAAAAGUCCAUAUAAAGACAUGUUUCUAGCCACCAAACUGCCAUACAGAUCAUCCCCUAACCAGUCACCAACCCUCCCUCAACCCCGGUCUCCUCAGCCGCCCAUCUCCAACCAUGAAGCUCUCCUUAACCGUCACCGCCGUCACGGCGCUCCUCCCCGCCCUCUCGUCAGCCCACUACCUCUUCCCACACCUCAUCAUCAACGGGCGCGUGACCAACGCGCACGAGUACAACCGCGAGCACGACAACGGCUUCAUGCCGCUCAAGACCCCGGAAAUCCUGACGAACAACGACAUCCGCUGCAACAAGGGCUCGUGGAACCACCGCCGCCAGCCCAAGACGGCGCGCGUCACGGCCGGCGUCGACUCGGUCGGCUUCCGCACCGCCCUUGGCGGCUCCGACGUCUUCCACCCGGGGCCCAUAACUAUCUACAUGUCCAAGGCGCCCGGGGACGUCCGCGACUACGACGGCUCGGGCGACUGGUUCAAGGUGUACCAGCUCGGCACCAAGAUGCCGUGGAACGGCAAGGACGAUGGCUGGCUCACCCGCUUCAAGACGAACUUUGAGUUCAAGCUGCCUGCCCAGAUCCCCGCGGGCCAGUACCUGAUCCGCAUCGAGCACAUGGCCAUCCACCAGCCCUACAGGCAGAAGGAGCUUUACAUGAUGUGCGCCCACCUCGACGUCGCCAGCAGCUACACGGGCAAGGCCCCGGGCCCCACUAUCAAGUUCCCCGGCGGCUACAAGGCCUCGGACCCGGCCUUCCAGCUCGACAGCUGGGCCAACCCCCCGCCCAAUUUUGCGCCCAUGCCCGGCCCGGCCAUGUGGCCCAACUAA